UGGAACUUAUUUGUUCCUAUGGUUUUUAUUCGUCAUCCAGACGAUCUAAAGGUGAUACUGAAUACAAAAUCAAAACAUAUCGACAGGGGUAUAUUUUACGAUGCAUUCUGUCCUUGGCUCGGCAAGGGUAUUUUUACCAGUACAGCUUCCAAGUGGCAAAACCGACGAAAAAUGUUAAGUUCCACCUUCGGCCCCCUGAUAUUAAAACAAUUUAACGAAAUUUUUAUCAAGGAGGGCGAGAACAUAACAAAUUCUUUGAAGAAAACAGAAGGCUCUGUUACAAAGGACCUAAUACCAUUUAUUAGUGAACAUAUGUUGAACGCAAUAUGUGAAACUGCCAUGGGAACUUCUUUACAAGAAAUGGAUCCAAUGUACCAGCAAUAUCAACAAGCGGUUAGCCGAAUGACUCAAAUCUGUAUGUACAGGACAUUAAGACUAUGGCUGCAUAACGAUUGGAUAUUUUCGUUAACGGCAAAAGGUAGAGAGCAAAAGAGGCUUCUAAAGAUACUGCAUGAAUUUAGCAAUAAGAUUAUUGCACAGAGAAAAGUUUAUCAUAAGGACAAAGAGCAAUACUUCAGAAAUCUCAACAAAGAUGAAGUGGCAGUCGAUGCAGAAACUAUUAUGCAAAAAGAACGGCCCAAUUUGUUGGAUACAUUAAUAUUCGAAUCUCAGAAUGGUUUCCUAACUGAUUCCGACAUUAGAGAUGAAGUCAAUAGCUUCAUAUUUGGGGGUUAUGACACUACGGCAAUUGCUAUUUCCUUUACAUUAUCACUACUGGCUGAACACGGAGAUAUCCAGGAUCGUGUCAGAAAUGAAAUUGAUGUUAGUAUGAAGGACACUGAAGGAAAACUUACAGAAUCAUCUUUACAAAAUCUUAAAUAUUUAGAAGGAUGCAUUCAAGAGUCAAUGCGUUUAUAUCCGCCUGCUCCUCUCAUAGCACGAGUUACUUCAGAAAAGGCACAAUUAAAGUCAUAUUUAAUACCUCCCGGAACUAUCACAAUUUUAUCUAUCUACGCACUACAUCAUGAUUCAAAUUUUUGGCCAAAUCCGGAAUUAUUUAAUCCGGAUAGAUUUACAGAAAAAAAUAACCAAAUACAUUCAUAUUCAUACAUACCUUUUAGUGCCGGGAAGCGAAACUGUUUGGGUCAAAAUUUUGCUUUGCGGGAAAUGAAGAUAAUAAUAUCAACAUUAAUUCAUAAUUUCUACCUAAAACCGGUAGAUUUAUUAGAAGAAACACAAUUGGAAGUUGAUAUGUUGUUGCACCCUAUUACUCUGAGGCGUGUAACAUUUAUUCCUAUUGCCAAAUCAUAA